GGGACAUGGAGGCUCUGGUUAUGGUUCUGGUUCUGGGAUCAAGCUGUGUGUGCACAACGUCCUCCAUCUUUCAUUCAUCCUCACAUAAACCGGCAGAGAUCUCCAGCACCUUUGAUACUGUCAGCAGUCCUGCCAAAACCAGAACUACUAAGCCAUUACCAGACAUUAAUAGAAUGGACAGAACCACCCGGCACAUCAGAACCUCCAGCAUCGACAGGUCAACAGCUGACGGGGCUUCAGCCCUCGUGGAUACCACCAAACCACCAGAUUUACAUCCAGAUGUUUCAUCUUCAGUCAGACAACUGUCAGAUGUAAAUAUGGAGAAAACAGCCUCAUCCAGUCUGGCUGUGUCCACUACCAACCAAUCAGACAUCUCUAUAAUAUCAUCAGAUCCAGCUGGCUUCACCACUGACCAAUCAGCUGUCUCAUCAGAUCCAGCUGGCUUCACCACUGACCAAUCAGCUGUCUCAUCGGAUCCAGCUGGCUUCACCACUGACCAAUCAGGUGUCUCAUUUGGUCCAGUUGUGGUCACCACCAAUCAAUCAGAUGUCUCAUCUGCUGCAGCUGGCUUCACCACUGACCAAUCAGUUGUGGUCACCACCAACCAAUCAGAUGUCUCAUCUGCUGCAACUGGCUUCACCACUGACCAAUCAGGUGUCUUAUCUGGUCUAGUUGGGUUCACCAUCAACCAAUCAGAUGUCUCAUCUGGUCCAGUUGGAUUCACCAAUGACCAAUCAGGUGUCUCAUCAAGUCCAACUAGCUUCACCAUCGACCAAUCAGGUGUCUCAUCUCCAGUUGGGUUCACCACUGACCAAUCAGGUGUCUCAUCUGGUCCAGUUGGGUUCACCACUGACCAAUCAGGUGUCUCAUCUGGUUCAGUUGAGUUCACCACCAAACAAUCAGAUAAGUCAGACAGAACAACAGGAAGAGACCCACAGGUCAUGGAUGAAGAAGUAUCAGUGCAGUCAAAAGUAUUCAACACAUUGUCUUACCUGACUGGAAACCAGCCAGAGUCCACUGGAACCAAUACCAUGAGGCUGGUUUCCUCAAGGGGGUACAUGCAGGUCCAGACUUCUUUGGGGCCCAGGUGCUCGGUGGAGCUGACUGAGGUCAGGUCCAGUUCAGACUCAGCUGUGGUUCAGCUCACCUCCACCUGUCCGUUACCCGACCUCACCAUAACCGCAGGUGCAGGUUUUGGGCUAAAAACAGGCCACUGCGAGCCAAACGGAGACACUGGAUCUGUCUUCAUCUGCCACGUGACACAGCUGGACCCAGGAACCUUGUACCGGCUGGUGGUGAUCUCCAAGAUGGAUGGAAGGAGGAGCGGUGCCUGGGUGCGCACAGACCCAGUUGGUCCAGCUCACCUCAAGGUCCAGUUAGACCAGGAGAGCCCAGCUGCAGUUCCAGGUAAAUCUGGUCUGCGGAUAUUCUGGUCUCGUUCUGCUGGACAUGUGGACUGGUAUCAUGUCAUUCUCGAGGACACCUGCUCCGGUUCUGUCCACAGUACCAGAAUCAUGGGUUCUGCUGCCCCCCAGUCUGGUUUCAGCUUGCUGGUCCCAGGAACUCUGUACAACAUCAGCGUGGUGGCUUCUUCUGGUAAUAAGAGUGCGGCACCAGUGCAUGCUGUCGUGGCGACAGCUCCCUCUGCCGUGGACAGCCUGCAGGUAGUGUCCUCGUCCUCAGACAGCCUCAGCAUGUUCUGGCGGGUCGGCCCUGGAAGGACGGAGAGUCUCAGGGUUUUGCUGAUAAACCAGAAUGGAGUUCUGCUGAGGAACAUCACUGUGACAAACACCACCACCUUCAUUGAGAUGGACGACCUGAUGCCAGGGACUUUGUAUGUCAUCACCAUGGUAACAGAGGCUGUUGGACUGCAGAGCUCCACCUCCACACAAGCCUUCACAGCCCCAGCUGCCGUCUCAGAUCUGAUCCUCAAAAAUGAUGGAAGUUCAGAGAGACUUUGGGCCUCCUGGACCCCACCUGAAGGACUUGUGGAGGCUUAUCUGGUGACCCUGUGGGCACCUGGAUCAACCCCACAACAACGCAUCCUGCCUCCCAAUGUCACCGAGGUGGUGUUUGAAGGGCUGACCCCUGGAUGUCUCUAUCAGCUGUCCGUCAACUCAUCAGCUGGAGGUCAAAGUUCAGAGAGCAGAACCACAGGGAGGACAGGUCCUGACCAGGUGUUGGCCCUCUCCAUGUCCAUGGGUGGUGGCACGCUACGACUCACCUGGUCGCCCCCCAGAGGUGUCUGGGACAAUUACAGCGUCCUGCUGACCAAUGGUUCGAUCAUUCUGCUGAACCGAACACUCGAUAAACUGAGCAGGCAGCUCGUCCUGUCCUUCAGUAGCCUUGGCCUGGUCCCGGGAUGCCGUUACGCCGCAUAUCUGACCGUGCACAGUGGCGUUCUGAGGAGCACGGCUCACUGCAGCAGCUGGCUCGCGCCUCGUUCGGUGAAUCAGCUGCUCCUCCGUCAGGUGGACGAGACUUCUCUCAGCGUCCAGUGGAGUAAACCUUUUGGACAGUGGGACAACUUCACGGUAGUCCUCACAGACAAAACCCCAGACACACCUGAGACUCAGAGGAUCCUGAACUGGGAGGCCAGAGACUGUACCUUCAAAGGCCUCACCUCAGGGCGCUUCUACACUGUUACCGUGACGACCAACAGUGGGAAUCUGAGCAGCUCCGCCUCUCUGAAAGCAUGGACCACACCAGCUCCAGUCGGCCGCCUGCAGGUUUCCAAUUUCGGCAGCAUCGAUAGCCUGCAGACAGAGUGGGAACCAUCUCCUGGAGAUCUGGACUCGUACCAGGUCCUGCUGGUCCAUGACAGCAGCGUCAUCAAGAACGAGAGCGUGCAGGCGAACAUCAGCAGCCUCAGCUUCCAGGCCCUGAGGCCAGGAGCUCUGUACAAGGUGGUGGUCACCACCAUCAGAGCUGGACUCACCUCCAGACAGGCGGUGGCCGAAGGACGCACAGUGCCAGCGGCAGUCACCGAUGUUCGGGUCAGUAACAACGGUCGAACAGACUUCCUCACCGUGUCCUGGAACCAGGCUGCAGGUGAGGUGGACAGUUACCUGGUGACCCUGAGAGACUGCGACAGGACGCUUCACACCGUGGUCGUGUCCAAGUCCAACCCCGGCUGUGUCUUCAACUCUCUGGUGUCCGGACGCCUCUACAACAUCUCCAUCAGCACCUGCAGCGGGCGGUACCAGAACCACACUUUCAUCCAGGAAAGAACACAACCGUCAAAGGUGCAGAACCCCACAGCGAUCCACGGUGCUCGGGACGACUACCUGAAGAUUUACUGGCGUCACGCUGCUGGAGACUUUGACCUGUACCAGGUGUUCAUCAAACACAACAACACGUUCCUGCAGAAUAAGACGGUGCAGAAGACUCGGAGUGAGUGUGUGUUCACGGGUCUGGUACCAGGCAGGCUCUACACCGUGCAGGUAAACACCUGGAGUGGACUGUAUGAAGCCAGCACUUCCACCCAUGGCAGAACCUUCCCUGCAGCAGUCCGGUCCCUGGUUCUGGCAGGACAGGGGACAGAGGAACUGCGGGUGACAUGGUUAUCUGCUCCGGGAGACGUGGAUCACUACGAGGUUCAACUGCUGUUCAGCGACAUGAAGGUGUUUCCUCCCAUCACUCUGGGCAGCGGGGUGGGAGAGUGCGUCCUGUCGUCGCUCACACCUGGACGGCUUUACAAGAUCCUGGUGUCCACCUACAGCGGUCCGAAUCAGAAGGCCCAGCACAUCGAGGGCCGCACAGUUCCCAGUAAAGUGAAGAACAUCCAUGUCAGCGGUGACAGCAGCAGCCUAAAGGUGAGCUGGUCUCCUGGACGAGGUGACGUGGAUGGCUUCUCCGUGUUCCUGUACAGAGGGAACCAAGAGCUGGCUGCCCGAAAUACCCUGAAGCACCAGAAUGAGGUGACGUUUGACUGGCUGCAGCCGGGUCAAAUGUACACUGUAAUGGUCCGGUCCACGAGUGGAGAGCUGCAGAACAACAACACCGCUGCAGGGCGCACAGUCCCAUUAGCAGUCACGGGUCUGCAGGUGGAUCCGGUCCUCAGCACCUGCAGCCUCCAGGUGAGCUGGCAGGAAGCGCUGGGCAUGGCAGAUGGAUAUAUCCUGCAGGUUCUGGAUGACCGAGGAAGCCUGGUCACUAAUGCCUCGCAGCCCUUCGGACUCACCAGCUAUAGGUUUGAUGGCCUUACACCGGGGAAGAAGUACCGAAUCCUGGUCCAGACCACCAGUGGGGGGGUGCUAAGCCUGGGUGUCAGCACCAAGGCACGCACACGCCCCGCCUCUGUCACCAACCUGUCUAUCAGAACCAGUACCACCAGCAGCCUGUCCUUCUACUGGUCUCCACCUGAGGGAGACUUCCAGUUUUAUGAAGUCUUUCUGCAUAAAAGCGAUGAGUCGCUGCAGGAGAGCCGGCGGGUCCAGCCCAGCGUUCAGCUGUGCUCCUUCCAGGGUCUCAGGCCUGGAGCCCCUUACAAGAUGGUGAUCCUGAUCCACAGUGGAGACCAGACCAACCAGACCUUCAUGUGGGCCAGGACAGUCCCAGCAGCAGUGGCAUCUCUGAAGGCUCGGAGUGGAAACCAGUCCGAUGUUCUGUGGGUGAACUGGGAUCGGGGUGACGGUGAUGUGAGCGGAUACCUGCUGUCUCUCUACAACCCUGAUGGUUCCAGGCAGGCCAAGCAUCAACUGGGCUCAGAAGCCACAGAGUUUGUCUUCUCAGGCCUCGUACCUGGCCGACAGUACCAAGCUGAGGUGCUGAGUCUGAGCGGAGAGCUACACAACCAAGCCAGCACCAUGGGCCGUACUGCUCCAAAACCUCCUACUUCUUUUCUGUUUGGUGGGGUCACCAACACCUCUCUGGAGAUCACCUGGAGCGGUCCUGUAGAUUCGGACUAUGACGACUUUGACCUGAAGUGGACUCCCCAGGACCGGCUCUCAGUCUUCAAUCCAUACCGCAGUCGAACGUUCGGCAGCCGCAUCCUGAAAGGGAUGUUCCCCGGACGACUGUACACCUUCAGCCUCCGCACUGUCAGUGGAGCCAUGCAGCCCGGGGCCAUGCCUACCUACAGCACACCGAUUCAGAACAGCAUCAGAACCAAACCGGUGCGAGUCCGCAGCCUCCACUGUCAUCCUCAGAGCUCCACUUCCAUCUCCUGCUCCUGGGGGGCUCCAGAGGCUGACUUUGAUUCCUACUCAAUUGAGUGCCUCCACCAGGAGUCCCACACUCUGGUGUAUUCACGCCGCACCGGGCGAGACUCCACCAGCUACAUCAUCACCCAGCUGGAGCCCCACAAACUUUACGCCAUCUCCGUGAAGGUGAUGUCUGACGGGACGACCAGCGAGGCGGCAGAGGACAGGGUGGUCACCAUGAUCGACUGUCCACCUAGGCCCCCUGUCAGCACCCGGGUUAGUGAAAAGUCUGCUGUGGUCACCAAAUCCUCCAUCAUAUUCCAAUUUAACUGCAGCUGGUUCAGCGACGUCAACGGAGCCGUCAGCUUCUUCACUGUGGUUGUGACCGAGUCUGAAGGUUUUGAUGACGUGCAGCCGGACCAGCAGCACCCCCUGCCCUCCUACCUGGACUACAGAUCCAACAGCUCCAUCAAGUCCUAUCAGACCAGCUACAUUGUGAGCCGCUGCUCCGAAGGUCCUGACAGCAGCACCUACAUCUAUAACAUCAGCCUGGGGACAGGGAUGGACCUGUUAGGUGGUCCCUGUGACCACAGAGACCUGAAUCAUCCAGAGUCUAGCAGGGACCUGAACAACUUCUGUGAUGGACCACUUAAACCCAAGACUUCUUACAGGAUCAGCAUCAGAGCGUUCACUCAGCUGUUCGACAGAGAAUCACCCGAGUCAAGAUCCUGGUCUCCGUUAUUCACUGACACCUUCCUGUCUCCACCAGUCACCACAGAGACCGAACCGCUGAGUGGCGUCAUCGAAGGCAUCAGUGCCGGACUCUUCCUCAUCACCGUGAUGGUGGCGGUCACGGCUCUGCUGCUCUGCAGACAUCGGGCUCACAAACAGGUGGAGGAUGCAUCUGCUGCAGUCAGGUGGAGUGUGAGGAGGGAGAGAUCAGCUGCAGGAGUCCAGCUGGGCAUCAGAGGCAAUAGAAAGAUCUCCAGUCCCAUCAAGGUCAUAAACUUUGAGUUUCACUACAACAAACUGCUGGCCGACUCCAACUACCUGCUGUCAGAGGAGUAUGAGGAUUUGAAGGAUGUUGGUCGAAAUCAGCCUCUGGACUCGGCUCUGCUGCCAGAGAACCGUGGGAAGAACCGAUACAACAACAUCCUGCCUUACGACUCAACGAGGGUGAAGCUGUCCUACAUAGAUGAUGAUCCCUGUUCAGACUACAUUAAUGCUAGCUACAUCCCAGGGAAUAACUUCCGUCGAGAGUACAUCGCCACUCAGGGCCCUCUGCCGGGAACAAAGGAUGAUUUCUGGAAGAUGGUUUGGGAGCAGAACGUCCACAACGUGGUGAUGGUCACUCAGUGUGUGGAGAAAGGCCGGGUGAAGUGUGACCACUACUGGCCCUUUGACCAUGAUCCUCUCUACUACGGAGACCUGAUAGUCCAGAUGCUGUCAGAGUCGGUUCUGCCAGAGUGGACGAUCCGCGAGUUCAGAAUCUGCAGCGAGGAGCACCUGAGCUUCAGCCGCCUCGUUCGGCAGUUUCACUACACGGUCUGGCCUGAUCACGGAGUCCCAGAGAACACCCGGUCCCUCAUCCAGUUCGUCCGAACCGUCCGAGACUAUAUCAACAGGACCCCUGGUUCUGGUCCCACCGUGGUCCACUGCAGUGCUGGCGUGGGCCGCACCGGAACCUUCAUCAUCCUGGAUCGAGUUCUUCAGCAGCUCGACACCAGAGACACGUUGGAUAUCUACGGUGCCGUUUUUGACCUGCGGCUCCAUCGAUCGCACAUGGUGCAGACUGAGGGUCAGUACCUGUACCUGCAUCAGUGUGUUUGGGACGUCCUGAGAGCCCGGAAGCUGCGCAGUGAGCAGGAGAACCACCCGGUCCUGAGGACGUGAAGUCCUGGCAGGAGGUGAGUCACCCUACGGAUCUUCAGUGACCAUCAGCAGAUCUGCCGAUCACAACUAUUGAUCGUUUCCCACAAAAGGACUGCGGAGCGAUGACAGAAACGCAACACUUUAUUUUUUUAUCAGUGUUAAUAUUUUAAUCUGCAGAUUUAUUAUAAUUUAUGUAGCUUGUGAUUUGUGUGUCUGUUGUACACAGUGUUUCUGCUGUUUCACGAGACUGAACUGUUUGAUCGGCCCCGAUCAAUAAUCAAUACAAUAACAUCAGAUUAUUGUCGUACAUGUGAGGAGGAGCAGCAGCUCCUGGAUGUUA